AUGAAGAAUGCCAUGUUCAACACAAACCAUUCUCUGCAUAAUUGUUUUACAGAUGAGGACUGGGAUGAAGACCAGCUGCUCGGUUUUGAACCAUGCAAUGAAAAUCUUAUCUCGGGCUGCAAUAUCAUCAAUGGGAAAUGUGAAUGUGACACCAUCCGUACCUGCAACAAUCCCUUCGAGUUCCCAAGGAAGGAUAUGUGUCUUUCCGCUUUAAAGAGGAUUGAAGAAGAGAAGCCAGAUUGCUCCAAGGCUCGCUGUGAAGUCCAGUUCUCUCCACGUUGCCCUGAAGAUUCCGUUCUGAUCGAGGGCUAUGCUCCUCCCGGGGAGUGUUGUCCCUUACCCAGCCGCUGCGUGUGUGACCCUGCGGGCUGUCUGCGCAAAGUCUGCCAGCCAGGAUACCUGAACAUUCUAGUGUCAAAGGCCUCAGGGAAGCCGGGAGAGUGCUGUGACCUCUAUGAGUGCAAACCAGUUUUCAGCGUGGACUGCAGCACCGUGGAGUGCCCCCCUGUCCAGCAGGCCGUGUGCCCCCUGGACAGCUACGAAACUCAAGUGCGGCUCACAGCGGAUGGCUGCUGUACCCUGCCGGCAAGAUGCGAGUGUCUCUCUGGCUUAUGUGGUUUCCCCGUUUGUGAGGUGGGAUCUACUCCCCGCAUAGUCUCUCGUGGAGAUGGGACUCCUGGAAAGUGCUGUGAUGUCUUUGAAUGUGUUAAUGAAACAAAGCCAGCCUGUGUAUUCAACAGUGUGGAGUAUUACGACGGAGACAUGUUUCGAAUGGACAACUGUCGAUUCUGUCGAUGCCAAGGGGGUGUCUCCAUCUGCUUCACUGCUCAGUGUGGGGAGCUGAACUGCGAAAGAUACUAUGUGCCUGAAGGGGAAUGCUGCCCUGUGUGUGAAGAUCCCAUCUAUCCUUUUAACAACCCUGCUGGCUGCUACGCCAAUGGUCAGAUCCGCGCCCAUGGGGACCGGUGGCGGGAAGAUGACUGCACCUUCUGCCAGUGCAUCAAUGGAGAACCUCACUGCGUGGCCACCGCCUGUGGGCAGAGCUGCAUGCAUCCCGUUAAAGUGCCUGGGGAGUGUUGCCCCGUAUGUGAAGAACCAACCUACAUCACAAUUGAUCCGCCUGCGUGUGGGGAGCUAUCAAACUGCACUCUGAAAGAGAAGGACUGCAUUUAUGGCUUCAAACUGGAUCACAAUGGCUGUCGAACCUGUCAGUGCAAAAACAGGGAGGAACUAUGCUUAGGCCUUAAACGGGGCUGCACCUUGGACUGUCCCUUUGGUUUCCUCACCGACGCCCACAACUGUGAGCUCUGUCAGUGCCGCCCACGGCCCAAGAAGUGCAAACCCACAAUGUGCGGCAAGUUUUGUCCCCUUGGAUUCCUGAAGAAUAAGCAUGGCUGUGACAUCUGUCGCUGUAAGAAAUGCCCAGAGCUGCCAUGCAGUAAGAUCUGCCCCUUGGGCUUCCAGCAGGACAGUCAUGGCUGUCUUAUCUGCAAGUGCAGAGAGGUCCCUCCUUCAGCCGGGCCACCUGUCCUGUCAGGCACAUGUCUGUCCAUGGAUGGCCAUCAUCAUAAAAAUGAGGAAAGCUGGCAUGAUGGGUGCCGGGAAUGCUACUGUCACAAUGGAAGGGAAAUGUGUGCCCUGAUCACCUGCCCAGUGCCUGCCUGUGGCAACCCCACCAUUCGUCCUGGACAGUGCUGCCCGUCAUGCGCAGAUGACUUUGUGGUACAGAAGCCAGAGCUCAGCACUCCUUCCAUUUGCCACGCACCCGGAGGAGAGUACUUUGUGGAAGGGGAGACAUGGAACAUUGACUCCUGUACGCAGUGCACCUGCCAUGGCGGCCGGGUUUUGUGUGAGACCGAAGUGUGCCCACCACUGCUCUGCCAGAGCCCCUCACGCACCCAGGACUCCUGCUGCCCUCAGUGCACAGAUGAACCUCUUCAGCCUUCCACAUCCCAUAAUGAGAGCGUGCCUAGUUACUGCAAAAAUGAUGAAGGGGAUAUAUUCCUGGCAGCCGAGUCCUGGAAGCCUGACGUUUGCACCAGCUGCGUGUGCAUGGAUAGCGUAAUUAGCUGUUACUCUGAAUCCUGCCCUUCCGUGUCCUGUGAAAGACCUGUUUUGCGGAAAGGCCAGUGUUGUCCCUACUGCCUAGAAGACACAAUUUCGAAGAAAGUGGUAUGUCACUUCAGUGGGAAGACCUAUGCUGAUGAGGAGCGGUGGGACAUUGACAGCUGCACACACUGCUACUGCCUGCAAGGCCAGACCCUCUGCUCAACCGUCAGCUGCCCUCCUCUACCCUGUGCUGAGCCCAUCAAGGUGGAGGGAAGUUGCUGCCCGAUGUGUCCAGAAAUGUAUGUGCCAGAGCCGACCAACGUACCCAUUGAGAAGAAAAAUCAUCGUGGUGAGAUUGACCUGGAGGCUCCCAUGUGGCCCACCCCAAGUGAAAAUGACAUCAUCCAUCUCCCUAGAGAUAUGGGUCACCUCCAGGUAGAUUACAGAGAUAGUAGCAGGCUGCAUCCAAGUGAAGACUCAUCACUGGACUCCAUUGUCUCGGUUGUGGUUCCCAUAAUAAUAUGCCUCUCCAUCAUAAUAGCAUUCCUGCUCAUCAACCAGAAGAAACAAUGGGUACCACUGCUCUGCUGGUACCGGACACCAACUAAGCCAUCUUCCUUGAAUAACCAGCUGGUAUCUGUGGACUGCAAGAAAGGCACUCGAGUCCAGGCCAGGGACGGUUCCCAGACAAUGCUAAGAAUUGCUGAACCUGAUGCGCGAUUCAGUGGCUUCUAUAGCAUGCAGAAACAGAACCAUCUACAGGCAGACAAUUUCUACCAAACGGUGUGAACACCAGCAACGGCGGCGGCGGCAGUGGUGGCGGCGGCAUGGAUGAGGUUUUGAAAGACAGAGAACGACAAAAAAUCUGCUCUUUAAAGAACUAGAAUUUGUGCACUUGCUUAGUGGAUUGUAUCAGAUUGUGACUUGGUGUCCCGCACUAAGGACUUAACUGGGAUGGGCUUUGUCUACAGCAUUGUGCAGAACAAGCAUUCCCACUUGGCCUCAAGAUAACUGACCACAUGUUUUCAUAGAACCAAAGUUUUAAAACUUGCUAAAGUUUAUUUGCUUGUAAGAUAGCUGUAGAGACAUUUGGGGGUGGGGCAGAGAGUUUGGUGGGGGAAAUGGGUUGGGAGGGUAGCGUUGGGAAGAAAACUCGGUCAGCUUGGCUAGGGGAGAAAGCCAGGAAAAUAAAAACAGUUCAUGGCCCAGAGGAAUUUUUUUUUUUUUCCUGUUGCUCUGAAGACGGUGUUGGUUGCUGCAAAGCUCGGACCUGAAUGAGCAGGAACACAAAGAGCCUUGCAACCCAGCUGCCGCACCACCAGACAAGUGCAUCAGAACUCUUGAUAGCCAUCCCAGGUCUAAAGCCACAAGUUUCUCUUCUAUACAGUCACAACUGCAGUAGGCAGUGAGGAAGCCAGGGAAAUGGAUAGCAACAUUUCUCAAAAGCGGGUUAUUAAGGAUAUAUACAGUUAUUCUUUUUGCUGCUUCUGUUUUCUUCCGUGCCAAUCAGCCAGUUCCUAGUAGAGACAGCAGAUGGGUAAGGACAAAGUCACCUCUUGACUUGAGCACUGGAGCUUUUCUUACCACUUGGCAGGAAGGAAGUCGAGGGUGAAGGACACCAGGCAUUUCCAGGGGCUAUACUACAUUGUUUGUUGUUGUUUUCUUCUGUUAUAUCGUUGGUUGUUCAUAGUUUUGUUGAAGCUCUAGCUUAAGAAGAAACUUUAAAAAAAAAAAAAAAAGACUGGGAUUUUUUUUCCUUAUUAUAUACUGAUUCUACAAAAUAGAAACUACUUCAUUUUAAUUGUAUAUUAUUCAAGCACCUUUGUUGAAGCUCAAAAAAAUGAUGCCUCUAAACUUUAGCAAUUAUAGGAAUAUUUAUGUAACUAUCUUAUGCUUCAAAAACAAGAGUAUUUGUGUGCAUGUGUAUAUAAUAUAUAUACAUAUAUAUUUAUACACAUACAAUUUAUGUUUUCCUGUUGAAUGUAUUUUUAUGAGAUUUUAACCAGAACAAAGGCAGAUAAACAGGCUUUCCAUAGCAAUGCAUCUGAUCACUUAGGGUUUUUUGAAUAACACAAUCUCAUUUAUCUGCAGAUUAAUUGGAAAGAUGUGAGCACGCGUGUGUGUGUGUGUGUGUGUGUGUGUGUGUGUGUGUGUGUGCACUUUGAGCAACCAGCAUCCCACCUGCUAUGGAAAGGAUAUUCCUUUAUUAAAAUCUUCUUCAUUUGGAUUUCUUUCACUUGGUCUUCAAUUCGCUCACUGGCCAGAGACAUUGAUGGCAAUUUUUUAUCUACAUCACUAAUCAGCUCCUGGAUUUCUUUUCAAACAACUGUUUGAAACAACUACUGGAAUAUUGUCCACAAUAAGCUGGAAGUUUGUUGUAGUUUGCCUCAGAUAUAACUGACUGUAUUCUAUAGUGUUAACUUUUCAAACAGCUCUUAGCACUUUUAUACUAAUGGCCCAUUUGUGCAUUGGUUUGCCUUUUCAAAAUGCUUGUUGUGAAAGACACAGAUACCCAGUAUGCUUAAUGUGAAAAGAAAAUGUGUUCUGUUUUGUAAAGGAACUUUCAAGUAUUGUUGUAAAUACUUGGACAGAGGUUGCUGAACUUAAAAAAAAUUAAUUUAUUAUUAUAAUGACCUAAUUUAUUAAUCUGAAGAUUAACCAUUUUUUGUCUUAGAAUAUCAAAAAGAAAAAGGUGUUCUAGCUGUUUGCAUCAAAGGAAAAAGAUUUAUUAUCAAGGGGCAAUAUUUUUAUCUAUUUCCAAAAUAAAUUUGUGAAUGAUAUGUUACUGAAAUAGAUUUACAUCAGCCUGAUUAGUAUAAAAUUUUGUUGACAAUUUAUCCAUUCCUGGCAUAAGGAAAAAAACUUUAUCAAAAAAAAAUUGUAAAUGCUUGCUUUUUGUUUUUUCAAUCAUGGCCAUAUGAAAAUACUAACAGGAUAUAGGACAAGGUGUAAAUUUUUUUUUUUAUUUUAAAGAUAUGAUUUAUCCUGAGUGCUGUAUCUAUUACUCUUUUACUUUGGUUCCUGUUGUGCUCUUGUAAAAGAAAAACAAAUAUAAUUUCCUGAAGAAUAAACCGGGCAUAUAGCACUUGGAGUGCACCAGA